GCCGUAGAAUGGGAGCACGGGGAUCCCCAACGCGCUUGAGGGUGGCUGCUCCUUCAUCUCCGCCCUUCUUCCUGGCGGUGGCAUUCCUCGUGCCCUCUGACGCUCCUGGCUCCCCUCCUCAAGGUAUGAUCCUCUCGUACUUCCGAAUCCUCUUGUUAUUCGAUCCUUCCAUUUGUUCGGCUUAGAGUCGAUGUAAAUCCAAUCCGGAUCCGCUUCUCGUUGGCCGAGCAUGCUGUCGGAUUGAUGCCGCGGGGUAGUUGUCUAUCUAUGAUCGAGGGCGAAAAAUUCGACCUCGAAGGUGCUUCCUGGAGAAAGUUAGGGGUUUUCGCCCUUGUUCGAUGGGGAUUAAAGAUCGGCUAGUGCAUGGCUGACGAGCGAAGCGAGUUCUCUAUGAUCGAGGGACAAAAAUCCGAUCUUGGAGGUGUCUCCUGAUUCGAAUUAGGGCUUUUCGAACUUGUUCGGCGGGAGAUUCUUUGACAAGGAUAAAGAUGUUUGAGGGCCAAUCCGAUCUUGGAAGCGCCUCCUGAUUGGAAGUAGGGGGAAGCUUUGACAAGGUGAAAGAUUGGCUAGAGCAUGGCUGACGAGCGAAGCGAUAACGGCGGCGGGGUGGAUCGAAAUCUGUAUCUCAGUCUUCCUUCCUUGCCUCGAUUAGAAAACCGCGAUCUUGGCCCCGAACUGACCGUCAGCUCUGUGCGCUCGCCAUGGUCGCCCUUCGCCCACGCCUCUGCGCUUUACUCCCCAUCAAACGCGUUGUCAACGCCGGACCUACUUCCCGCCGAUCCCCUUCACGCUGCCGAUCCCGCCUUCGCGUACAACUUCUCUUCCUCUCAAGAGCCUAAUGCAGCUACUCCGGAAUCGCAGCCACUUGAUGGGCCCUCGACUGUACCUAAUGUUCUUGGGCACGAACCAUUCGCUCGGCCUUCGGCGCGCCACAGUGAUUCUCAAACUCCCAGCUCGCCGCCACCUCAAUCCUUCCCGAGAUCCGGACAUGGCCGAGUCGAAUCAGUCUCUGCACAUAUUCGUCUGAGUGAGCUCACAGCCGACGGUAAUGCGCUCUCCGUGCAACAGGAGCUCCGACAACACCCGGAGUACCGCUUCCAGUUGCUGAUAGAGCUGUUGCGAAAUCCAAGACCAGCCGCCAAUGCCCAGGGUUUCAAUUCCGAUGGGCAUUCCUUGACCAGCCCAGAAAGGUUACUGCAUGAUAUCAUGCAGCCCCAGAGAGCAAUGGAGGAUGCCAAAAAGGUUACAGAAGGCAAUGGCGUGGAGGACCUCGAGAAGAAAAAUGAAGGCAUCGCUGCUGCUAAUUUCGAGUGCAAUAUUUGCUAUGAACUCGCCAAGGCUCCGGUGGUUACUCCGUGUGGCCACCUGUAUUGCUGGUCUUGUUUGUACCAGUGGCUCCAUGCUCAUUCUGUAAACUCUGAAUGCCCUGUUUGCAAGGGUCAGGUGCUCGAAGUCAAUGUAACCCCAAUCUAUGGUCGCGGGGGCGAAGCAUCUAAAGAUGAUAAACAGCAUGGAUUUGGGGAAUCAAAUCUGAAAAUACCUCCUCGGCCGCCGGCUAAUAGAGUAGAGAAUUUGAGACUGCGGUCGUCGAGGGAAAGACUGGAAGAAGGUAUCGCAAACUCAUGGAGGAAUAAUGUGGAUGAGGAAACACAUGCUGGAAAUUGGCCAUUAAGGAGAAGGUAUGUAGCUGCACGAACGGUGGUCAGGAGAAGGCCGGCACAAAAUUUGCAGAGGGAAGAGGGGAGCGGGUCGAAUUCUGCCGGAGUCAUCUUGCGAGUAAAUGCAUCAUCGCACCCAGUUAUUCCGACUGUAAUUGUUCCCGGCGGACAAGCUGGAUUACCAUCUUCUUCUCGUAGUCCUGAACCCUCAAGGCACAGUGCAGGAUCAUCAGCUUCGAAUGCUAUUGCCGCACCCCUCGGAGGCACUGCCAUUGCUAGCCCUUCUGCAGAGCUCAUUACAGCAAUGUCAUCUAGCUCUGUCAGAGGAAGAGCAAGAGCGAGGAAUCCGACGUUGGCUUCCUCGAACGCCGGUGGUGUUCAUCAUACGCGGAGAAGGAUGCACUGACUGCCCCUCUUAUUUCUUUUGUUUUGAACUAGCUUGUCUUUCUUUAAGGGUUUAAUUGAACUACUUGGAAUUAUGUUGUAUACAAGUCUUUUCUGCAAGAAUCAGACGAUAAAUUGUUUAUACAAAGGCUUUAACUCGUUAAACUUA